AUGACCAUCUUUACCGUGAAGCCCUUUUUCUUUUUUGCCUUACUUACCGCCGCGGAGGGAGCGAGAGGCUUCGGAAGGUGCCUUUUUGCUUUCCCGUGGCCUGAGUUGCUGUUGCUGUCGCUUCGUAAUUCCUAUAUUAACCUUUGGUCACCUUCUUCCCCGCCCGAUGCGCGUGCGACUUGUCUACUCUUUUGCCGCCUCUCCGGAAUGAAGCAGCGGGUUUCAACAGGAGGAGAAGCGCCUUGUCCGCCGCGCGACUGCGCACGCACGCACACAGACACGGGCACGAUGCCGCUUAACCCCCGCAUGCGCGUUCGCCUCAUUGGCCCCAGCGGGCACAAGUCCGACUAUCACUGUGCGACGCUGCUUGGGAAUUGGCGGGAGGAGCGGAUGACAUUUGGGUUCAAGGAUGCGGCAAAGGAGCCGCUGGAAACCCAGACGACAUAG